AUGCUGCCUGUGCCUGUUGCUGCCCGUGCCUGUGCUGCCCGUGCCUGUGCUGCCUGUGCCUGUUGCUGCCUGUGCCUGGUGCUGCCCGUGCCUGUGCUGCCCGUGCCUGUACUGCCCGUGCCUGUGCUGCCUGUGCCUGUUGCUGCCCGUGCCUGUGCUGCCCUGUGCUGCCUGUGCCUGUUGCUGCCUGUGCCUGUGCUGCCCGUGCCUGUGCUGCCCGUGCCUGUGCUGCCUGUGCCUGUUGCUGCCCGUGCCUGUGCUGCCUGUGCCUGUUGCUGCCCGUGCCUGUGCUGCCCUGUGCUGCCUGUGCGUGUUGCUGCCCGUGCCUGUGCUGCCCGUGCCUGUGCUGCCCGUGCCUGUGCUGCCUGUGCCUGCUGCUCCCCGUGCCUGUGCUGCCCUGUGCUGCCUGUGCUUGUUGCUGCCUGUGCCUGUGCUGCCCGUGCCUGUGCUGCCCGUGCCUGUGCUGCCCGUGCUUGUGCUGCCUGUGCCUGUUGCUGCCCGUGCCUGUGCUGCCCGUGCCUGUGCUGCCUGUGCCUGUUGCUGCCCGUGCCUGUGCUGCCCUGUGCUGCAUGUGCCUGCUGUCGCUGA